AUGGUUUUGGCAAGUGAACUUAACGCAUGGCGAAAACUUCAAAGUCAUUAUGACAAUGAAGGUAAAAAUCUUAUCAUGAGGGACCUUUUCGCUCAAGAUAAGAAUCGGUUCAAUACUUUUUCUCGUCAGUUUAAGGGUGAACGUACUGGUGCUUCCAUUUUGCUUGAUUUUUCGAAAAAUAUCAUCACAAAUGAUACAUUCGCUGCUCUAAUCGGAUUGGCACGUGAAGCUGAUGUUGAAGGUUUCAGAGAAAAAAUGUUCAAUGGUGAACAUAUCAAUUUCACUGAAGAUCGAGCCGUAUUACAUAUUGCCUUAAGAAACGUUUCAAACAAACCGAUCCUCGAUAACGGUGAAAAAGUUAUGCCAGGAGUUAAUGAAGUUUUGGAACAAAUGAAAAAAACUUCCAAUGCGAUUCGUGAUGGUUCAUGGACCGGUUAUACGGGAAAAUCUAUUACCGAUAUCGUAAACAUCGGUAUUGGCGGAUCUGAUCUUGGUCCCGUGAUGGUUACUGAAGCUUUGAAACCAUACGCGAAACCAGGGCUGAAUGUACACUACGUUUCGAAUAUUGAUGGGACACAUUUGGCUGAAACUUUAAAAAAAUUGAAUCCAGAGACUUCCUUGUUUAUUAUUGCUUCUAAGACCUUUACAACCCAAGAAACUAUUACUAACGCUACGUCAGCAAGAGAUUGGUUCCUUGCUACUGCCAAAGAUAAUAAACAUGUUGCAAAACAUUUUGUUGCACUUUCAACGAACACUAACGCGGUUGUGUCAUUCGGAAUUGAUCCUGCCAACAUGUUUAAAUUUUGGGACUGGGUUGGUGGACGUUACUCUUUGUGGUCAGCCAUCGGUCUUUCAAUUGCAAUAUACAUCGGCUAUGAUAAUUUUCACGAACUUCUUUCUGGAGCUCAUGAUAUGGAUCUCCAUUUUAGAAACACUCCUUUGGAAAAUAAUUUGCCAGUGAUUUUAGGAGUUCUUGGUGUUUGGUACAAUAACUUUUUCGGAUGUCAGACUCAUGCUAUUUUACCUUACGAUCAAUAUCUGCAUCGUUUUCCCGCUUAUUUUCAACAGGGUGAUAUGGAAUCAAACGGAAAAUAUGUCUCCCGUUCAGGACAAAAUGUCAAUUAUUCAACAGGUCCUAUCAUUUGGGGUGAACCAGGAACAAAUGGACAGCACGCAUUCUAUCAAUUGAUUCAUCAAGGCACCAAAAUAAUUCCCGCAGACUUUUUGGCACCAAUCGAAACACACAAUCCUAUAUCGAAUGGUCUGCACCAUAAAAUAUUACUUUCAAAUUUCUUUGCCCAAACUGAAGCUCUUAUGAUUGGUAAGACCAAAGAGGAAGUCCUAGAAGAAAUAAAGGGUUUGCAAAACAAAGAAUCGAUAGCUCCACAUAAAGUUUUUCGUGGGAAUCGGCCAACGAAUAGUAUCAUGUUUCAAAAGCUAACGCCUGGCACACUGGGAGCUCUCAUUGCCCUUUACGAACACAAAAUUUUUGUACAGGGUACCAUUUGGAACAUCAAUUCAUUUGAUCAAUGGGGUGUGGAACUUGGUAAGGUUCUUGCUAAGAAAAUCUUGCCAGAGUUGGAAAAUCAAGAUGCUGCACCUGUUUCUUCUCAUGAUGGCAGUACUAAUGGCUUGAUCAACUUCUAUAAGUCCAAUAAAAACAAUUGA